AUGUUGACUACCACAGAGGCUACAGGUGAUUGUUAUCCUCUUAAUAUGGGUGUCAGCAAUGGAUUUACGAAAGCGUUACCUAUACUUCAAAAAACAAGUUCGAUAAACAGGGAAGAAGUGAAAAUAACUAAGUCUGAAAACGAUAACCGGUUGUAUCGUGUUGUUACUCUUCCAAAUCGGUUGACGGUUCUUUUAAUAAGCGAUUCUCAAGCCGAUAAGGCAGCAGCAUGCCUGGCUGUCGCAGUUGGCAGUUUUUCUGACCCAGUUGAAAUACCGGGCUUAGCUCAUUUUUGCGAGCACAUGAUCCUUCUUGGAAGUGAAAAACAUCCAGAAGAAAAUGGUUACGCGAAGUUCGUCACUUCACAUUGCGGAUCAGUUAAUGCAUUUACGUCCCCCACCGAAACUUGUUACGUUUUUGAUGUUGCUCCUGAGUAUUUGUUCGAAUCUCUGGAAAGAUUCUCGAAUCUUUUUGAAUCUCCUCUUUUCACUGAAUCUGCGACUGAACGUGAAGUCAAUGCAGUUGAUUCAGAGCAUGAAAAGAAUUACUCUUCCGAUAAUCGUCGAAUUAUGCAGGUUGACAAACUUUUGUCAUCGCAGAUCCAUGACUAUGCCAAAUUUUCCACUGGCAAUAAGAUGACUCUGUUUGAUAAUCUAAAGGAGAAAUCUAUUAAUGUUCGAGAUGAAUUAGUCAAAUUUCAUGCCAACAAUUACUCUUCAAAUAUUAUGACUGUGACGAUUAUUUCUAAUGAAUCUUUGGAUGAAAUGGAGAAGAAAUAUGCACCGCUGUUCAUUAAUAUUCCAAAUCUUAACAUUUUACCCAAAACUUGGUCCUCAACACCUUGGACGAAAGAAUGCCUGCAGCCCACAAACUACUUAACUCAUCUACUGGGCCACGAGUCUGCGGGGAGUUUGUUGAGUGAAUUGAAGCGACAACAACUUGCUACUGCCUUGGUGACGGAGUCUUUUCGACCAGGCUCUGGGUUUGCCAGCAUCCUCCUUCAUAUUGAACUUACCGAUCAGGGUAUUGAUUAA